AUGGGUCGUUCUGAGCCCGGUCACCUUCUCUCAGCGGCUGACUAGCGGUCAACAUACACAAACCCCAGCCUGCUGCGCAACAACAGGAAACGCUCAUGACAAAGGGCCACUUCAUGCGCUUCUUGGCCUGGAACAAUUGCUCAUUGAUGGGAUUAUUCUCUGCUCCUCUCACAUGAAGAGACUACUUCUCCAAACAGCGUUUGGCUUGCUCUAGUUAUCGCCAGGUAUGUGAACUGGAGCUUCUCUCCAGCUCUUAACAGCUUGCUCUCAGCUUGUUGCCAUGAUCUCUGUGACUGGGUGCACAGCACACAUUUAAAGCACAUGACUUCCCCAAAGAAUCUGGGGAACUAGAGUUACUUAAGGGUGCUGGGAACUACAGCUUUGUGAAGGGGAAAGUACGGUUCUGAGGAUUAUUGGGGAGAAGCCUUAUGCUAUAACUUGUUUUAAUUUUUAUUAUGUAUUUUGUGGUUUUAUAUCUUGAUUUUAUGUGAACCACCCUGAGACCCCUGGGUAUAGGGCGGAAUAUUAUUAUUAUUAUUAUUAUUAUUAUUAUUAACAACAACAACAAUCAGUGCUUUUUCUGGGGGGACGCAGGAGACACAUACCCCUAAACAUUUUGUGAAUCUAAGUUUCGCCUCAUUGAGGGGCAGUAUUUCAAUACGAGUAGGAAAAUAAGAGUACCCCUGAACAUUUUUAAAGAAAAAAGCACUAGCAAUAAUAAUAAUAACAAUAAUAAAAAACAUGAUAUCAAUGUAUGGUGUGUACGCAACCUGUAUCCCACUUCUUCCACUGACAUCCCUCCCAAAUGUCUGCAGAGAUGAAACACAUCCCCUGCCCCCCAGUUUAACAUAGUUUAACAGCAACAGCAGUAACAGUUUAACCGCAACAGGUCAUCGUAUGCUGAGGAAAUAGGUGGAUUAAUUCCUCCUCUUGUCUGGAUCUCUGCUAUGCUGGUAAUGUCCAGCUAUGCCGGUACUAUCUAGGCUAGUCCUGCAACAGACUAUCAGGGUCCAAGAAGAGGCUUCUACAAAGGUGUGAAACCAUAGCUGUCAACUUACAGAUUUGAAAAUAAGGGACCAGCAGCCUCGAAAAUAAGGGAUUUUGCUUACCCGACUCCUCACGAUGCGCCCCUGAGGGGGGAAAGGGAGAGAUGGAGACGCAGCAGCUCGUGCACGUGCUCGCUCUCACGGUGGAGGACCCCAAGCGGCUGCUUCCCUCCCAAGCCGGGCGAGCACGAAACCUGGGAAAAUUAAGGGACAUCAUCAAUAAGGGACUGCAGCAGGACACGGAGCUGGGAUAAGGGAGUUUCCCACCAAAUAAGGGACAGUUGACAGCUAUGUGUGAAACCCACGUUCUUUGCCAGUGGGAAGAUUCAAGAACUGAAGCAAAUCAGAAUAGGGCAGGAUUUCAGCAGUUCAGCUUGUGCGUUUGAGUGGUGGAUCACAAUACGGCACAUGCAAAAGGUCCAGGUUCAGUCCCUGCCUAGCAUCUCCAGUUCAAGGGACCAGGCAGCAAAUGAUGGGGGCAGUCAGAGCAGACGAUGUUGGCCAAGACUGACAGCCUGAUAUGGCGGGGCGAAACUAGGCUUUAUUUCACCUCGGUGAAAGACCCAGUUUGGCACACCCCAUGCACAUUUGUGUUCACACACAGGCUGGGAGCCUCAAUGGCGCCCCUCUGGAGGCUUCACCCCGGGCAAAAAAUGUGGCUACGGCUCUGGAUAUGACAUAGGGGGAGACAGGUAUGACCCAGUGUAUUUAUUCUGAGAACAAGAGGAGAGGGCUAUAUAUUGCUUCCUGGAAGCCUCUCGCUGGUACUUGAGUGAAACAUGAAACUGAGCAACAUGGACCUUUUGCCUCUUACAGGGUUCUUAAGUCAUGCUAUCCCGAUUUCUUCCCUGAUCUCCAAGAGCCAGCAAAGCUGAACAUCUCCAGAGAACUCUUAAUGACAAUCCACAGGUACAGAAAAAAAAGAGCUUCCACCCUAUUGAAAAAUAAAUCCAGAGAGCUGGGGUUCUGUCCGCUCUGCAAGAUUGCACAAUUUUAUAUUAUUUUUACACCAUGUACAGCCUGUGCGCACUGCCAGCCCGUUCUUGUGCCCUGUUUUCUUUUGCUUUCUUCCUUUUGCUCCAAGGCUCAUGUGUGGCACUUGUGUGCACAUGCAUGCACACACCUAGAUGCAUGUGCAUAUUGACACACAGUGCCUGGAGUAAACAGAAUAAUUGGACUGCCAGGAAUUAACUUGCUUGUCAUACCACUAAACAUUUUUUUUUAAGUCUCGUGAGUUGCAUAAUUAGCAUUAGACAUUGGGUGUUGUUGUUUUAAGACUAUGCUGCCAUCUUGGGGCAUGCUUCCUUUUGUUUUGUUGUUAGAGCUUCAAUAUGCUGUCUCAGCAGACAAAGCCCUUCAAGUCCUUAAGAUGCUACAAGGCUUUUUGUUAAUUUUGCUGCAACAGACCAUCAUAGCUACACUUUAGGAAAUUGGAAAUUGUCAUUCAACUCAGAUCCGUGCAUAAUCUUCCGACAGCAGGACAGGGAUGCAGAGAAAGGAGACUGAGAGUAUGGCCGUAAUAUUCAUAAUAAUGAUAAAUUAAACUAUUUAUUCACAUUUAUAUCCCGUGUUUUCUCCAAGGAGCUGAAAGUAGCACCCAUAGUUUUCCCUGCCCUAUUUUCACUUCACAACAACCCUGCGAGGGAGGUGUCUGGCCCAAAGUUACUAACAAGCUUCCUGGCUGAGUGGGGAUUUGAACAAGCGUCUCCCACAUCCUAGUCCAGCACUCUGGCAGCGUGGUCUAGUGGUCAAGAACGGUGGACUCGUAAUCUGGUGAACCGGGUUCGCUGCCCUGCUACUCCACAUGCAGCUGCUGGGUGACCUUGGGCUAGUCACACUACUCUGAAGUCUCUCAGCCUCACUCACCUCACGGAGUGUUUGUUGUGGGGGAGGAAGGGAAAAGGAGAUUGUUAGCCGCUUUGAGACUUCUUAACGGGAGUGAAGGGAUGCGGGUGGUGCUAUGGGUUAAACCACAGAGCCUAGCGCUUGCCGAUCAGAAGGUCGGCGGUUCGAAUCCCCGCAACGGGGUGAGCUCCCGUUGCUCAGUCCCUGCUCCUGCCAACCUAGCAGUUUGAAAGCACGUCAAAGUGCAAGUAGAUAAAUAGGUACCGCUCUGGCAGGAAGGUAAACGGCGUUUCCGUGCACUGCUCUGGUUUGCCAGAAGCGGCUUAGUCAUGCUGGCCACAUGAUCCAGAAGCUGUACGCCAGCUCCCUCGGCCAAUAAAGCGAGAUGAGAGCCGCAACCCCAGAGUCGGUCACGACUGGACCUAAUGGUCAGGGUUCCCUUUACCUUUAAGGGGAGUGAAAGGUGGGGUAUCAAGUCCAAACUCCUCCUGCUCCUCCUCCUCCUCUUCUUCUUUCCCACUCAGAAACUCUCAAAGCGGUUUACAGACAAUACAGCACAGAAAUAAAACAGAAAGUGCAAAUCAACACAUCAAUGAAAGUGCUUAACAUCCGUAAUAAAACAAGAACUGAUUACUAUACAAAUUGAACAGGGGAUCAGCAGGGAUACAGCUGGUUCCUGAAUAGGGUAGCAAGGUUCUGAAUUAACAAUGGAACUGGGCAAUUUGUUUAGAUAGUCACUAAAGGAGCUACACUGAUUGUCAGCUAUGUUUCAGGCAAGAGCCAUCAAAGUGCAUUAGGUUCUCUCAAACUGGGGUUUAACAAGCUGCAAAGUGGCAAGCCCUGAAAUCAUUCCUAAACUAGGAAACUGCAGGGCGAUAAUAGGAAAUGCAUUGCCAAAAACAACUGUCUGUAGGUUAACCGGCCUUCAUCUCCAUGAUUCUAUAUUUGAUACCUUAGAAUUCUUAUGACACAAGCCACGGCUGCACAACCCUAGGCAGCGCUCAAAUACACAACGCUGCUAUUGUUAUUGUUGUUUUGUAUUUUUUGUAUAAGCACAGGCUUCAGCAGCGGGCACAAAACUUAGCAUGAGGAGAAUGCUGUUUUUAAUUUGUUUGCUUUUAAAAAGCAAGCUCCUAGCCCCUUCUGCUUGGAAAUGCGUGAGUAAUACCUGGUGAGGUUUCAGAACCGGAAAGAGGACUUCCAGAGACCAGGGGAUACUCCUCCUGAGCUCCUUACCCCUCCCUAUGAUGAACGUAUUAGGCAAAGUAAUAAGAUAUAUGCACUUUGGAGUCAUUUGCAUUUUUAAUAGGUGACCCAGAUUUCAGAUUUCCUUGGUCCUUUGGAACAGAAUCCUGACAGCUUUAGCUAGAAAGUAGGUCUGCGGUUUUCACAGUACAUUUGAGCAAUGGAAGUUGUUCCGUAGGGCCAAGGGGCCAUUGUCCCAAAAGCCAUUGCCUGCCUUCAGUCAGCCUUUACCCACCUGCCUGCCUUAGAACCAGUCCAUGGGGUUUGUCCUGGCUGCCACCUUCCUCCUCCAUAGACUCAGCCUUGCCUUUGUAGUACACAGCAGGGAGGAGGAUGGGGUCGAAAUUAGAAUUUGUUGCCUCUGCCCUCAAUUGGCUCUGGCUUCCCCUGCGGUUGGACUCCUUGCUUUCUGCCCUUCCAGUUCCAAUGGGCACCAUCUACCACUGCAGUCGAGUAAUGUGCCAGAGUAAGAAUGGGGCAGCAGAGUGCAAACAGUGUUUUUCAGAGGCAGUUGGUUCAAGUGCCAUAUUAAAGCUCAGCUCCUUCCCAUGCAGCUAUGCUAUGUUGUUGUUCAGGAUGACAUGAAAGGGGAGGGAGAUGACUCUAGUUAAAGGUACGCACUGCUAGGCACCGUGCCCUCAGAUGCUUGUCGGUCAAACCACAUCCUCUGCUGCCACUGCCACGUGAAGGGAGACGGGCCUCCCAAGGAGAGAGCCUUUUUGGUAGUGGCACCCCAGCUGCAUAAAAGACUCCUCAGAGAGGUUCAUCUGAUGACUCUGUGGUGGUUUCAAUUUGAGGUGAGAGCCAGUGUGGUGUAGUGGUUAAGAGCGGUAGUCUCGUAAUCUGGUGAACUGGGUUCGCUUCCCCGCUCCUCCACAUGCAGCUGCUGGGUGAUCUUGGGCCAGUCACACUUCUUUGAAGUCUCUCAGCCCCACUCACCUCACAGAGUGUUUGUUGUGGGGGAGGAAGGGAAAGAAGAAUGUUAGCCGCUUUGAGACUCCUGAAGGGGAGUGAAAGGCGGGAUAUCAAAUCCAAACUCUUCUUCUUCUUCUUGAGGCAAAGAGCCAGGCUUUUAAACUUUGUAGGAAACUCUGUUGUUUGUAGGAAACUGAGUUUGUUGUUCCCCUAACCCAAGUUGUAAACUGUGUAUAGUACUGUCCUUGCUGCAAGAAAGGUUUACACACACUCAUACAGUUGUAUUUUAUUGUUUAUUGUUAAUUUUAAUUAUUGCAUCUUAUAUUGUCAAUAUUUUCUUUCCCCUCCUUCCCUUCCUUUUUAUGGAAGCCAUCCAGGGAAUAUUUACUGAUGGGUGACUAUACAAAUUUAAUUAACGUAUAACAAAAUAAACGAACAUAUGUCGAUACAGCUGCGUGCUGAGCAGCUGAGAGAAUGGAAGCGGUAUGGUCGCCUACUUGAAAUGUCCUGCAAUCUCUGUAAGGGGAACAGGCAGCAUUCUUGGGUGGUUGCUUUAAAAAGUGCUGGGAGCCACCAUAUUUAUUCCCCACAAUGCCCUAGGGGAGGGGCAGGGAACUACCAGUAUUUCAUUCCCUUUUCAUGAGAUAUUAAGCUUCUUCUGGAGAACCUUCUGAGAGCAGCAUCCCGGUGGCAGGUAGGGCCGCAGGCAAAAAUAGGAGGAACAAUGCAUGAGUGUUAUACCUUUGUUAUGGUAGGCUAUUUUCUCUGCCAUGGGUGUAGCCAGGAUUUAUGUUGUGGGGGGCAGGACACCCACCUGUCAUCAUCCUCUGUCUGGAUCUGUCUAGCAGAUUCGGAAUGAAAUGUCUCAAAAACAGUUGUUUUAAAUCACUUUCUUUUGACCCCAAAUGCUGGAGGCUACAACAGGUCAGGAAAGGCUACACAUAGGACAUUUCCCCUAUAAAGUACCUAUAGAAGAGGAUGGGAUAGCUGUGCAUAAUUGGACUACUCGAACCCCACACACCAUCUUCUUCAUCCCACAAAGUUGGCUUGGUUUUGUUUUGAUGCCACUACUGCAAAACGGAGGAAGAUCCGUUUCAAAACACAGAAAUGUUGUGAAUGGUUCUCCGCUGGGUUGCCUCACAGGCAAGCCAGCAAGAAAAAACAGGCAGCUCUUCAUUUCCUGUCUCUGUUGCAAAAUCCAAGCGGAGUUGCAAGCCGUUAAAUCGAGGCCAAAACAGAGUGUCUGUAUCCAUAAGAGCAUAGGAAGAGCUUGCUGGAUCAGUGUCCUGCUUUCACGGUGGCCCAGCAGAUCACUGUGGGAAACUUGUGAUCAGGUUUCAUGCAGAAGAGCACUCUCCCCUCUUGCAGUUUCCUGCAAGUGAUAUUCAGAAGCACUGCUACCUCCAACUGUGGAGGGCAGAGCGUAGCCACUGCAGCUAGCAGCCUUCAAGAGACCUCACUUCCAUCUAUUUUGAAGCAUCCAAGAUGGUGGCCAUCACUGCCUCCUAUGGGAGCAAGGUCCAUUGUUUUAACUAUGCCAUACCCUCCGAUGAAAAUAGGGACGUCCCAUUCCAUAAUGAUAAUUUUACUAUUUGUACCCCACACAUCUUACUGGGUUGCCGCAGCCACUCUGGGCAGCUUAUAAAAACAUAAUAAAACAUUGGACAUUUUUAUUUUUUUAAAAAACCUUCCCUAUACAGGUUUGCCUUCAGAUGGUUCAGGGGUUGGAUAACUUCAUACCCUCCAACAUUUCUCCAAUGAAAACUGGGACAUCCUAAGGAAAAGUGGGAACAAAUCCAGAAACCGCAACAGUGUCUCUAAAUCAGGGACAUCCCUGGAAAAUAGGGACACUUGGAAAGUCUGCUAUGCUCUGUAUUAAAAAGUACUUUCUUUUAUUUUCUGUCCUGAAUCUCCCAACAUUCACCUUCAUCAGAUAUCCAGUGUUAGGGGAGAGGGAGAAAACUUUUCCUCUGUCUACUUUCUCCAUGCCAUGCUUCAUCAUCCAAAGGGAGAGACCUUGGAUGGCAAGGGACUCUGAGGGCACACGCUACUCAGAAGCCAGUGGGGAGUGAGAGGGGUUAAACCUGGAGGUGGGUGGACAGCAGAGUUUCCACAGCACAAGGGUCACUUGUGCAGCCAGAAAGGGCAUUGGGCUGCUGAGCUCUCUGAGUGGCUGGGGGCAGGAGGGCUUGCUGAUCCUACCAGGAGUCUUCACAUACUCAGUGGAAGGGAUCCUUGUCAGUCAGGGGUGGGGGAACUUUUCCAGCCUGAGGGCCACAUUCUCUUCUGGGCAACAUUCCGAGAGCCACAUGUGAUUGGUGGCAGGGAAAGAGGCAGUGGUAGACAGGACAAUACAUGUGCAUUCAGGGCCGUCUUAGCCGGGUGCAUGGCACCUGGGCGCCAGGCUCUCAAGGGCGCCAGGCCCAGAGUCCGGGACCGAGCUGAGGGGGGGAGGCAGGAGGCGGCUGUGCCCCUCCCAGCAUGGAACCCACACCCACCUUCAUAAGCCCCUGGGGGGGGGGCGCUGGCACCCCCGUUGGUUGGCACUGUGAGUCCCUAAAGGUAAAUAACUAUUCUAAAGGUAAAUAACUAUUUACUUUAAAAAAAAGGUCAACAACUUUGGGGGUUCUAUCCCUAAAAAAGGUCAAAAGGACAACAACUUUGGGGUGUCCCCCCUAAAAAAUGGUCAACAACUCUGGGUAACCUAGGGGUGCUGGGCGGAUCUUUGCACCCCAGCGCCGCAUAUGCUUAAGACGGCCCUGUGUGCAUUUUCCCUUGUACAGCGGGGUAGUUUCUUCACACACUGACACACACAUCUCGGUCCUCCACCCAGGCAAGGACACAUUUCUAGCCAGGCAAAAGCACCAAGCAGGGUGCAAAGUAGAGCUUGAAAGUGACCCAGGAAGGAGAGGAUUAGUGUAAGCAGCUUAAAUCAGUAGCGCUUUUGCACUUCACUCAAGGUGCAGCAAAAAAAUUAAAUUUGACCUUGGCCCUGGUCCUCCCCUCAAAGGGCCAGGAUGGGCUUCUUCACAGAGUUGCGCUUUGGUACUCCAGCGUUUUUUACUGUAUGAAUGCGGCAACUCAACCCUGCAUUGAGUACCCUUUGUGUAAAAGGCAUUGCUCUGUUUUCUGUUCCGAAAGAUGAAUGCAGCUUUGUGGAUCUGCUGCAUGGGUGGGUGGGUGUGUUUGUUUGACUUGACUGUUUGGCUUGGAUGACAAAAUCCAAAGGUCUUUUGUCAUCUUCCCUGAGGUAGCACAUUGCGCAGCCAAGAUUUGCAAUAUAGUCAAGAAUAUCUGUUCGUUCAGGCCAGGGACCCAUCUAGCCUUGCAUUCUCAUGCAGGCUAACCAGGGCAUGAGCAAAACAGCACUACUGUUAAUGAGCCCCAGCUUCUUGCACCUGCCUCUGUCAUACUGCCUCUGAUACUAGACUCUGAUAGAUAACCCUCAUGACUUGUAGCCGCUAUAGGCUCAUCCUCCAGGAAAUCCAAAGCAUUCCUGCAUUGCAGGGUUUUGGACUACAGUAGAUGACUCUCAGGGUCCCUUCCAACUCUAUGAGUCUAUGAAUUUCUCUAUUCGUUAAAAGCUGUUCAACAUAGGAACAUAGGAAAAUAGGAAUCUGCUCUUAUACUAAGCCAGACCAUUGCCACAUCUAAUUUAGUACCAGGCAACUCCCCAUUUCUGCAGGGGUUGCAUUCUGGGUUAAAGCACACAUUAGCGGAGCAUGCUUAAGCCUGCCCUGCCCCAUUCUGCCCCCAUUCCUCCCUCUUCCAGGUCCAAAACAACCCGUGCAAUUGGAAUGAGUUUAUACAGAAUAUAGUAUGUUAUUGAUAAUCAUAUAUGUAUAUUGGCUCCCAGUACGUUUCCAAGCACAAUUCAAAGUGUUGGUGCUGACCUUUAAAGCCCUAAACGGCCUCAGUCCAGUACACCUGAAGGAGUGUCUCCACCCCCAUCAUCCUGCCCGGACACUGAGGUCCAGCGCCGAGGGCCUUCUGGCGGUUCCCUUCCUACGAGAAGCCAAGUUAGAGGGAACCAGGCACAGGGCCUUCUUGGUAGUGGCGCCCACCCUGUGGAACGCCCUCCCACCAGAUGUCAAAGAGACUACCAGACUUUUAGAAGACAUCUGAAGGCAGCUCUGUUUAAGGAAGCUUUUAAUGUUUGAUGCAUUACUGUAUUUUAAUAUUUUGUUGGAAGCCGCCCAGAGUGGCUGGGGAAGCCCAGCCAGAUGGGCGGGUAUAAAUAAAUAAAUAAAUAUUUAUUUAUUUAUUUAUUUAUUUAUUUAUUUAUUUAUUUAUUUAAUGUUACAGCUUGGUCUCUCCCACAAACGCGAGACGACUCUGGCUGUUAAUUAUUUCAGAUUUAUUGCUAAAACAACAAACUAAGACGGAGCUCCUCUACUCAUCGUCCUCCCAAGAAGAUGGAGUUGCCCGGACUGAGCUCCUCCCCCUUCCCCAGCACGGAAGCCCCCACCUUCUCUUCCAGUAUCUUUCAUGCAUCUCUGCCACUUUUGAAAUCCUACAAGAUUUGGCAGAGCAUAUUUCCUGCAUUCCAACAUCUUGCCCACUAUCGAAGUUCUCACACAUCUGUCUGUCCCUUUGGUCAGAGCUCAGAUUACAGCUGCUGUCCCCCUCCUCUCUGCUUUCUGCUGCUAACUGUUCUCUCCCUAUGCCUACUCCUUCUACUCCUGUCAGCACCAGAGCUUCGCUGACAAUGUAUUAAGACAAUAAUAGUACUUUAAAAGUUCUCUUUCCAAAGUUUCCCAAUUCCCGAAGCAUAGAAAAAAAAUCACACAUUUGGUAAGUUGAAAUUGGUUCACUUACAAACUAUUCAAAGGUCUGGUUCAUGUGAUUUUCCAUACAUCAGUAAAAGAAAAGUUGUGUUGGCAGUAAAAUUUAGAUGUUUUACAAAGUGAUCAAAGUUCCUAAAUUAUUGGUGGCUGGUGAUAGCCAUGCAGUCUGAGCAGGAGCAAACAACUCAAACCUAUUGACACAGGGAGCUUCUCAGGGUAGAUUGGAGGAGAACAAAUGCUUGAUUAUCUAGUUCCUCCCAAGGUGCAGGGGGACAUAGCUAAGCCUGGUAGGACAGCUUACUCUAUGGUAUUAACCCCUUCAUGCAUUUCUUAGACUUAAGCAUGUUAGUUAUACGAAGAUGGUUAUCUCACAGGGACCACAGUAUGAACUGGAAACAGCUAAUACAAGUGGGGAGCAGCAGUGCCUUUUCCCACCCAGAUUCAUGGGUGCCAAUCUCAAAUACUGGUCCCUAUGCCUUGGCAUAGUAGCAAUCAUACAUGCUUCUCUUUCGUUCUUCAUCAAAGGAGACCACUAAUGCUGAACUAGUGCAACUGUGAAAAGGCCAGGACAAUGAAUUACAUCAUCACCAUUGUCGAACAUUUCUUGUACCAGACAAGAUGGUUAAAGGAAGAGAAGCUGACAUUUGUUUGUUUGUUUGUUUGUUUGUUUGUUUGUUUGUUUGUUUUUAUAGGUCACUCCUGGCGAUAAACCUCUAG